AUGGAUUUAUUGAACCUUGUUUAAUUGGCUAUUGAUAUAUCCUUAACGAGGGAUAAUUAUUGUGAAGAAAUUAAAAAAUUGAGAAUAAAUCUAGAAGUCUUCUGUCAUACAUUAAAAUAAUUAGAUGAUUCUAAUUGUCCUAAUUAAUUCUUGAAAGAAGCAGAAUAAGAAAUCUAAAAGACAUAUGAAUGGUUAAAAAAUCUACCUUAAGAAGUAAGCAUGUAAUUUAUGUUAAUAUAUUAUUUAGAUUAGAUAGUGUUAAGUUUCAAAUUCCUUACAAUAAUAAAGUUGAACAAAUCAAAGAGAAAUGUAAUUCAAUAUAACAAUUGAUUACCUUAUCAACUGCUUUGAAUGUUAUUAAAAAAUCCACUUCAUAAAUUCCAUCUAUUCCAAAACCACCUUAAACAAUUCAACCAACAGUUACUUAAGUUGACGAUAUUUAAAUAAAUGAGAAACCAGAAAAAUAUAUUGUACUGUCUGUAAUUUCAGAUGAACAUACUAAAACUAUAUUUAGAAAACAUGGAGUAAAUUUAUAAAAUAAACACGCUAUUAAUUUCAAAGAAAAUGAAUCUGAAAUUGUUAUAUGUAAGAUAUCAAGAUAAGAUUAUUCUUUGCUAAAAGAAGAUAUUUAAUAAAUCAAUACAAUUUCAUAAGAUCAUGCAUAAAUAUUAUGUAGAAAAAUUGAUAGAAAAUAAAGAUAUCCAGAAAUUAAAAUAGAUGAAAAUAAUGAUUAAUAAGAGUAUUAAUAUUUUAAUCAAUUUAGUGUAUUUUAUUCUUUGGAUGAUAAUGUUAAGGAAUUAUCUAAAAAUAUUAAUGAUGAAUUGAAGUAUGAAUUCUAUCUAAAAAUUACUGGACGUUUGGGAGUCUUUUUAUAUCGAAAAAAAGAAAAUAUAACAGAUUUUGGAAAAUAAAUUAUACCAGACACUUGGGCCAAUCGAAUAUAAAAUACAACAAUUAAAUUAGAAGAAAAUGAUAAAUUUGCUAUUCUAAUGAAAAAACCAGAUUAUAAAGUACCUUUAAUUGCUUAUUCAAUUACAUAUAAUGUAUGA